UGCGCUGUGCAUGGGGCAAUGGGAAUCGAUCGCAGCCAACACUGCUCUUGUAAUGGCGUACAAGUGUUGUAUGUGUGCGUGUGUGUGUGUGUGGGCUGCGUGUGAAUACGAUAAAGAGGGCAAGGCACAUGACGAUGAUGCGAGCGAACGAGAGAAGGAACCGAACCGUAGCGAAAGCGAGUGCGCCCGAAUGUAUGCAACGGUGUAUGCAGGAAAGAAACAGCAUGCGAACGAUUGUGUGUGUGCGUGCGUUGUGUGUGCUUUGCGAUGUUUGCGUCUGAAUGAGGAAGAGAGAGCGAGUUUGAGUGUGUGUGUGUGUGUGUGUAAGAAAGAAUGGAUGCGUGUGUGAAUGAGCGAGACAGAAACAGCCGUAAAAGUCAAUACACACGGCCAUGAUGUCUAGCAUUCUUUUUUUUUUGUUGGUGUGUUGUAUUUGUCCAUUUGACGGGAGGCCAUAUCGUUCCGUUGUAAUAAAAUAUUAACAAUUUCCGAGAAUUGAGUUCACGGUUGUGUGGAUGGGCCCGUGUGACGCGUGUGUGUGUGUGCGUGAGAGAUAGAGACUCCAUAACUCCUGUCCCCGCGGAGACGAAGAGCCGCUUGAGGGGGAGGGAAGGAGGGAACCCCCCUAUCCACGUACAGUCUAGCGCUCGCCGGUCGGCUGCACCCUCCCCCACACCCACCCACGAAAAUGGCGAUCGAAUGUCCGGUCUGUACGCUGUACCUUCGAUCCGGCAUGACGCUGGCCGAACAUUUGGACACGCACCCGAAGGAGAACGUGAUCAAGGCGCUGGUGAGCAUGGUCAAGCCCGACAGCCUCCCUCCCUUCGGCAGCGGGCCGGUGGAGGAGCCGGGCACGGCGAGCGAACCCGUGCCGGCGGAGGGUGGCAGCACCGCGGCGCUCCACGGGCAGCCGGGCCCGAGCACCAGCAGCACAGGUGCCAGCAGCAGCAACGCGAUCUCAUUUCGCCCGAACGAGCGGACCUCGGCGUCCGUGGGGAUUUUUGAGGCGCAGCCGUCACUGUUCCUGGACAGUGCGCUGAUAGCAACGUCGGCCACAAGUAGCAGCAGUAGCACCAGCAGCAGCAGCAGCAGCAGCAGCAGCACUACCACCCCCGCCACUGUACAAGUCAACCUUACCUCCAGCCAGGCACCGCAGGUCACCGUGGUGAAGAAGAUCGAUGUGCACGGUGUGCCGUGCUUUCAGGUAAACAAUGUGACGCUGGUCAAGCGGGAGCUGGUACAGCCAGUCGCAGCAGCAGCGCCACCACCCCCUCCACCACCACCACCAGCACUGCCAGCGCCGUCUGUCGCCACUGUCGGAACGGUGCCGAACGAGCUGGCGGCGAUUGGGCCACUGGGCGACGAGUUCACCGAGCCGAGCGGGAGUGGUAGCUCGUCCCGCGUGGUCUACCCUCGGUACACGAACGAGCUGUACUCGGGCCCACCGCCCCCGUACAGUCGCGCCAUCUCGUCCACGGUGGCUUCCAGCACGCAGAUCACGCCCGUGCAGCAGCAGCAGCAGCAGCAAACGUUGCAGCUGAGCAUCACGAAGAGCAGCGUCGGCGGGCUCGGUGUGGUGGGCCAGCAGAUUCAGCUGCUGGCGAAAAACCUGUCCGAGGCGUCGGUGUCCGCGUUCAAGCAGUACCCGGCCUCGGCAGUGCAAACCGUGUCCGUGCUGGACCGAGGCAGCCACGAGGAGCCAGCGGUAGCAACGGCGAGCGUCGCCUCGCCGUCGGCACCGGUCGGCACCCCGAAGCUGCUGUACAGUGUGGCGACAACGGCGGGCCCAAGAACGGCCGGGACUGCAAUAACAUCCACCACCACCACCACCACGACCACCGCCAACACGCCGAGCGCCAGCACCGCCCUGGUCGACCAUCUGGCGACGGGUGUCCCGACGAUCACCACCACCACCACCACCGGCGGUACCAAAACGACCGUCUCGACGCCCCCGUCCUCGUCCAAGUCGAACGUGGUGAAGGUGCUGAGCAAUGUGAAGGUGCACACCGAUCUGAAGGACUUCCAGGACAUCAUCAUGCACCUGAACGCGGGCCAGAUGUCGAUCGUCGGCGACAAAACGUCCCUGAUACCGCCCGUCACCGAGCGGCGCCCGUCUGCGUUCGCGGCAAGCACACCGGGCCGUUCCCUGCUCGCGAUAACGCCGGCGAAGAGCGAGCUCCCGGUGGAGCAGCAGCAGCAGCAGCAGCAAUCGCUCUGUAACGCCGGCAUGCCGACGACCAAGAGCGAGAUAGAGGACUUGACCGGCGAUUACGAUCACGAGGUGGAGUACAGUGGCAGCUGGCAGGAGAUGGACGACCAUUACGCCGACGGCGAGGUGCGCGGCCAGCAGUGGGAGGGCGAGGAAGAGGAGGGUGCGGGCGGAAGCGGCAAGCGGUUCCGUAGCGCUAGCGAGCAGCGGGAAACGCUGCCGGCGGCAGCCGCAUCGCUGGACGAGCGGAUGGCUCCGGGCGAAAUGAUGGCAACCGGUGGUGGUGGUGCGGCCUGCUCCAGCGGCAGUGCGAUGGUCACGAGCGUCAUCCGCAAGACGCCGCAGCCCGUGCCCUGUGCCCUGUCGCCACCCGCGCCCCAGCAGGAAUCGAAAGCGAACGUGAAGCGGCUGGUGUUUCGUGUGGCCGGCAACAGUGCCACCCCGACGACGGUUACGAUAUCGCCUGCGGGGCCUUCCAGUGCGCCGAAAAUUGUGCGCGCCUGGCAGGGGAUCAAGGUGGAGGAGGACGGCACGGAGCCAGCGUCGAGCAAUGCGGGCGGAAUUGGUGGUGUGGUUGAGCCGGAAAGGGCAGCAAACGACGCAAGUGCAAUAAACGCAGCAGCAGCAGCAGCACCGCCACCUAUAGCAACAGCCAGCACGAGUCUCGAUUACGGCGCGAUCAAGCAGAAGCGAGGCGGUUUCCGGCCGCCGAAAAAGUUAGCAAUCAAACCGAAACGCUCGUCGGUGGGGGAAGGCCCCGCGCCGUCCACCUCGGGGAAGCAGGGCGCCCCGAUGCAGGUAGACGAGACCGAGCCGGCGCAACCGCCCGCACCGACAACGAUGGUAAUGGCCACCGCGCUUACCACGCUGGCGGAUGUCGUGUGCACGACUGCUGCGGCCGGCCAGCACCUCACCGCGGAACCGUUUUGCUCCUCGUCGUCGUUCAACGGCAUCACCGCCGUAAUUCAGAAGACUGAAGCAACUGCUCACCCCAGCCCGUACGCGACGGAGCAGCAACAGCAACAGCAGCAGCAGCCUAACAGCUCGGCCGGGGACGGGAUUGCCGACGCAUAUCAUCAUCAUCCUCACCACCAGCCGCCGGACCCCGUCAUCAAGCAGGAAUACUCGCAGCCGCACGCCAUGCCAGCACCAUCGGCGUCAGCAGCAGCGGGUACACUUGCCUCCAGUUCGUCCGUGUACGGUGUGCGAUCGUCGUACGGGCUCGUGCCGACCAGCACCGGCACUGCCUCCGCUCCUAGUUCGAGCACGCCGGCCGCCGUUCGCCUAAUGCCACAGCACCGCCCAUCGACCGAGAUCGACGUCGGCGCGUACAACAUCUCGUACGUUGGCGAGGCGGGCGAAACGAUCUACCAUCCGCUGCCGAAGCGCGAUGGCAAAGCGUUCGGGGCGCAGGAGCUGCUGCCGGUGGGUGGCAAUGGGCUGGCGGUUGGGGGCGAGAGCGUUGCCGAUGGUUCCACUGCCGCCCCGGCCCACCCGGACAGUCGCCGGAUGGAAGUCGAGGAGGUGGAGGAGGACGAGGAGGAGGAGCUGGGAGAGGAGCAGAUGGAGCUCGAAGAGGAUGAUGAGGAUGCACCAGAGCUCGAGGAGGAGGAUGAGGAGGAAGAAGAGGACGAGGAGGAGGAAGAUGAAGACGAUGAGGACGAUGAGGAGGAGGAGGAGAAGGAGCUGGAGGAGGAUUUGAUCGACGAGGAGGAAAAGGAGGCACAUGUGCACGGCGAGCUCGGACAGGAGGAGGAGGAGGAGGAAGAGGUACAGCUGGGAAGCGACGAGGAGGAGGAGGAGGAUGAUGAUGAGGAAGAGGAAGAGGAGGAAGAGGAUGAAGAGGAGGAGGAGGAGGACGAGUACGAUGAUGACGAUGUGUACGAGGUCGAGCCGCGGCCCGUCGCUGGCCGGUACGAGCGGGUCGAUGCGUCCUCCCAGCCGGAGCCGCACGGCCGUCGCCGUUUGCUGAUGGUGGUCAGCAAGCCUGCGACCGCCACCGUCACUGCAGCGGAAGCGGCCGAAUCGAACGGCCCGUACGAACGUCCUCUGCCGGUGGACCCAGUGGCUGAGGUUGUGGCGAGCGGCAGCUUGGUGGUGAAGCGGCUACCGGCACCCGUGCCCGGCACGCCGGACGACGAGAAGGAUUUGCUGGAGGCGGGACCGUCCACCCGCAUGCUUGAACGGAGCGGCAUUCCGCGACCAAAGUUUCGCAUCACCAACGCCGACCCGUUCCGGCCGGCGGCAGGGCUGGAACCGGUGCGCAAGACGGAGGUGGACGCGGAGCCGGAGUACGAGUGCUCCGACAGCAAGGACUUUUUGGAGCAGAGCCUGGGCAGCAACCCGGCCGUCGGCGGUACGACCGUGGCCGCGCACGAACAGAUCCAAACGACGGGCGGGCCGCUGGUUGCGCUGAAGGCGGCCAAAGCCGAACCGUGCCACGACGGGCAGGACGACGGACAGGACACGUCCGCAUCCUCGUUUCUCGACCUGAGCACGGUGCGGAAGGGUGGGCUGCCCCCGGGCCCCGUUACCACGGAUACGAGCAGCAGCAACAGCAGCAGCAACAGUAGCAACAGUAGCAGCAGCCACAGCACCACAAACAUCAGCCUCAGCCAGCACAGCCACAGCCAGCUGAGCCACCGUCACAGUCACAGCGCGGUGAGUGGUGGUUGCAAGGAGGGAGGCGAAGGGAGCGGCACGAGUGGCGGAACGCGCUCCCUGCUGUCGUCCGGUUCGUCGCACGCGUCCACCAGCAUGGAGCGGGCACCCUCGACCGAGAGCUUGAACAUCCGCACGGACGAAAAGAUGCCGGCGAAGGGGGAAAUCUCCGAGCAGGAAAGCAACGGCGACAUGGACAUGACGUCGUGGAACCAUCGGAUGUACGCCGUGGUCGAGAAUAUGCCCAUCUAUCCGAGCUCGUACGAUUUAUCGACCGCACAGGAGUGCUGGAAUCUGAGCAGCCGCAAUCAGGGCAUCUUUGCCGUGACGGACCAUUUCUACCACCAGCAGCAACAGCAACAGCAGCAGCAGCAACAACACAACAGUGGUAGUAAUAAUAACUCACACGGCACCACGGUCAACGGCCAGUACAUGACGUCACGCGUAGCUUUCCAAUUUUCCUCAACCGGUCAUCAACACCUGCAGCAGCAGCAGCAGCAGCACCAGCAGCACGGUUCGGCCGAUGCGCCCUUGGAUGGCGGUAUGAUGCAGGCGAGCAAGAUCGAACCGCCGAUGGAUGUGGACAGCGAUAGCGGGGAGGUGAUGCCGAAGCUGCCGUUUGCGGACAUGAUGGUAGCGCGCAUGCACGAGCCACCGGGUGCAUACGAUGAGGGCAGCAGCCACCAUCACCAUCACCAGCAGCAGCAGCAGCAACAAACGCUGCACCAGCCGUGUGAAACCAAGUACGAGGAAACGGUCGGUACGACGUCCUACUUUGGUGUUGCGACCUGCUCCGCCGUACCGGUGAUGCAGCAGCCGACGGAUGAUCCCGUGCGGCCCAACCGACCGAAACCGUCCGGCAGCGGUGUCGCGCGCACCUACCGCUGUACGCUCUGCGCCAAGGUGUUCAGCUCGAUCAAGCAACGGCGGCUGCACCAGCAGUGCGAGCACGUGGACGAUCUGGUGGCACUGUCCUCGUCGCACCAGCAGGAGAUGCGCGGCGAGGAGGACAAUAAGCCGUUGUUGGAUGGCAGACAGCAACAACAGUUGCCCCAGCAGCAGCACCAGCAGCAGCAGCAGCAACAGGCACAGCAACAGCAGCAACUGUACAAGAAGGCGCCGAUUCCCGUGGUCAUGAACUAUCACUGGAUGAAGCAGGAGAUCGAGCGAAAGAGUGAGGCGGCGCUGCGAAGCAGCCGGCUGCUGAUGGCGGGCAGUAGCGCUGGCAGCAGCACGACUGUCGUCCUGCCGGGAACGAGCAGCGGGGAGGCAGCACCGGGCCAGCAGCAGCAGCUAGUGCUAGAGCAGCACGUGCAGGUGCAGUUGCAGACCGACGGCGGAACCGUUGCGGCGUUGAGCGCGUCCGCUGAGAGCGCGCUGCUGCCGGCGGCGCACUGCUCGGUGGCGGCACGCAACCGUUCUUACGUGUGCAGCACCUGCAGCCGGGAGUUCGACCGGUUCAACCUGUUCAACGAGCAUCUGCUGGAGCAUCCGGUGGAGUGUUCCGCGUGCGGGCGGCACUUCAAGCAGUGGCGCAACUUUUCGCUCCACAUCAAGCGGCACCUCGGCAUCAAGGAGCACCAGUGCCGGAUGUGCGGCAAGCGGUUCGUCAUCAAGCAGAAGCUGAUCGAGCACAUGCGGGUGCACACGGGGCACGCGCCGAUCAAGUGCAAGCUGUGCAACCGGACGUUCAAGCGGUUCUCCAACCUGGCCCAGCACCGGAAGCGCUACCAUCUGAACCGCACCGUCGUGAAGGAGGAGUACGUGUGCCAGCUGUGCGGCGAGGUGUUCCACACGAUGGCCAAGAUGGAGUGGCACAAGGAGACGCACGAGAAGAAGCCAAAAUCGUGCCCGUACUGUCGGGAGAAGUUCAUACACCGCAACAGCUUGACGCGCCACAUCCGGCUGUCGCACACGGACAAGUACGCGAAGCUCGAGAACAAAACCGAACCGUGCAGCAUCUGCCAGCAGCCGUACACGAAGACGAGCAUGCGGCGCCACCUGGAGACGCACACCAAGGAGCGGAUGGCGUAUGCGUGCGGCAUCUGCAACAAGCGGUUCACCACCAACUGGAACCUGAAGCAGCACAAGUGGACGCACACGAACCCGACGAUGAAACCGUUCCAGUGCACGUACUGCCCGAGCGCGUUCGUGCGCGAGUCGGACUUUGUCACGCACGUCAAUGCGCACCGGUCGAUCCGGCCGUACACGUGCAAUCACUGUGGCAGCCAGUUCAUCCGGAAGUACAACUGGAUCCGGCACACGCGCGAGCACGAGAUCGACAAGGGGCACCGGUGCGACGUGUGCGGCCGCCAGUUCCACCGGAAGUACUACCUGACCGAGCACAAGCGCAUCCACACGGGCGAGCGGCCGUUCGCGUGCAACAUCUGCGGCAAGACGUCCGCGACCAAGACGAACCACAACAAGCACGUGCGGAUACAUCACGCGCGCGACCCACUCACGGCGGAAGGGUAAAUGCUGCGAAAAGAGGGGGGGGGGGGAGGAUUUUUUUCUGUUCGCGUCUUGACACGCGGCGUAUAUUUAGCGCAGGCGCAUUUUCGUGAUUUUGGAUAUCCGUACCGGGGAAACGACAUUUAUGCAUUGUAACGCAGCUUUCUAACGUAGCUUUCUACACUUUGCGGAGUAACGUUUCGAGUAGGACAUUAGGUUAACGUAUUUUUUUUUAAUUAAGGAAGGAAAAGAAAAUGGCAGAGAUGAGCAAACCUACUUUUCGCCGGCACUUUGCUUGCGGGAUGUGACCUUUUUUUUUUAAUUGCAUUGGUCAGCGUGGCCGGGUAUGGCUCUGUAUGGCUCUGUGUACAUAUUUUAAACCAUGUAUUUUACACGUAAGUUUUGCGCAUGGGUGUAUGUAUGUGUUUGUGGGUUUGCUCUUCCCAACGUAUGCCGAGUCGUUAGCACGACGUUCGCAUACCCCGAUACUAGGCAAUGAAUUAAAUGAAUUACGUGAAUUUAUGUUAAGGGUUAUCCCCACGUACACAUACACACACAUGCACAUGUACCCAUCGACAGGGAUUGCGAUUAUUAAGGGGGAGGUGGAAACUACAUAACCACGAUACUGCGGGUCGGUUUUAGUUUCUUAUGUAUCGUUUUAUACACAAACGAGGAGGUACAAGCAGCAGGUUUUUUUUUCGGGUGUGUGCAGACAAAAAAUGGGGAUGAGCAAAGAACGAAGGGAACAUUACAAACACUAUGAUAGACGGUUUUUUUAAUGCGUGGCGUGCUCUUUGCUUAACGUGUGCAGUGCGCGCUCGUACGGUCCUUUUCCGCUCUUAAAGCACUAUUUUAAUUUGAAAAGGUUAACCUAAAGCUGGCGAGAAAUUUGCCAUUUGUUUUGCUGUUUCAACACAGUUGAUUUUGCUUCGAAGAAAGCAGUUAAGCGCUUUACCUGGCUGCAAUUGCUUUAAGUUAUACAUUAUUCGUUACGUCACAAUCUCUGAACCACGCGCCGCAGCGCCUUCGAACGUGUGAGUUAUUGGAUCGUUUAUUUUACUUUUACAUUUCCCUUUGGCACAAAAACGGUAACAACUUUAAAAUCAUUCUUACUUCUCUUUCUGCAGCAAUUUUUUUUUUAUUUUUUUCUUUGAGUAAACGAAUCGAUCGCAUCAUCGUUUUCUGGGACACGUUUUUUUAAACUCUUUGUUUUGUUCGCAAUAAGCGUCUGCCUUACACCUACCUACAAGCACAUAAGAGAGGAAGGCGAGAUAUAUUAAAGCUUAGAAACCGAACCGAAAUAGAUUGGGCCGCGCGGUGUGCCACAGGUGGUAGAGAUCAACCAUAGCGAAUGAUAGAAACUAUCAUAUCAGUAAGCACGCGCUGCAAACACUCCUCACCAAGAAAGUAGUUCGAUUUGCGUCGAUUACUUCAACAGGAAAAAAACCCAAGGAUUUGAUGAACGAAAUUUAGCGCAGAGAGGAUCAGCGAACGAGGGGAAACGAAAUGCAAUUGAAAUUUAUUCGUUGUUCGUGCUUCAUUCGCGUCCAUGCUGGAGUGUGGGGUUUCUCCACAAACCUCGAAAUAUCUUCGGGGCGGCCGGAGCAAUCGUUUUUUUUUUCCUUCUUCUCCAUGUGGCAACCAAAUCCUGUUCGUUGCGCGCAACUAGCUAAUGAAGGAGAGGGGAAGGGCAAAAGAGAAAAAGAGUGUGUUUUUUUAUUAAUAUAAAUUAGCCGAUUCAUUCAAUGCACCUGUACAUACACGGAUUUUCUUUCUUUCGCUAGAGAGUGAACCUAAACUACUAGAUGUAAUACAACUAGAAGUGUACUGUAAGCAAUAAAAACAAAACCCUGCAA